GCGCGGGGCAGUGUGGGGCGGGGGCGGGACACCGCCCCGCCGCGGGUCUGGCCCUGUGUCAGCAGCCGAGCGGGCGCUCGGGCGGGACAUGGCUAGCUGUGCGGCCCGACGGGCCCUGACUGUAGGCAGCCGCUGGUGGUCUCGGUCGCUGGCCACGGCCCGAGGGUCGAGGCCGCUGUGUGCGGUCGGUGGAGCAGGGGCCCUUCUGCCGGUGGCUACAGCGACGUCGCGAAGGCAUCUGUCGUCCCGAAACCGUGCAGAGGGCAAAGUGCUGGAGACAGUUGGUGUGUUUGAGGUGCCAAAACAAAAUGGAAAAUAUGAGACUGGGCAGCUGUUCCUUCAUAGUGUUUUUGGCUACCGAGGGGUCGUCCUGUUUCCUUGGCAGGCCAGACUGUAUGACCGGGACGUGGCUUCUGCAGCUCCAGAAAAAGCAGAGAACCCCGCUGGUCAUGGCUCUAAGGAGGUGAAAGGCAAAACUCACACUUACUAUCAGGUGCUGAUUGAUGCCCGUGACUGUCCACAUAUAUCUCAGAGAUCUCAGACAGAAGCUGUGACCUUCUUGGCUAACCAUGAUGACAGCCGGGCCCUCUAUGCCAUCCCAGGCUUGGACUAUGUCAGCCAUGAAGACAUCCUCCCCUACACCUCCACAGAUCAGGUUCCCAUCCAACACGAGCUCUUCGAAAGAUUUCUUCUCUAUGACCAGACAAAAGCACCCCCCUUUGUGGCUCGAGAAACACUACGGGCCUGGCAAGAGAAGAAUCACCCCUGGCUAGAGCUCUCUGAUGUCCACCGGGAAACAACUGAGAACAUCCGUGUCACAGUCAUCCCUUUCUAUAUGGGCAUGAGGGAAGCCCAGAAUUCUCACGUCUAUUGGUGGCGCUACUGUAUACGCUUGGAGAACUUGGACAGUGAUGUGGUCCAGCUUCGGGAGCGGCACUGGCGGAUAUUCAGUCUCUCGGGCACCUUGGAGACAGUUCGAGGACGAGGGGUGGUGGGCAGGGAACCAGUGUUAUCCAAGGAGCAGCCUGCAUUCCAGUAUAGCAGCCAUGUCUCCCUGCAAGCUUCCAGUGGGCACAUGUGGGGCACAUUUCGUUUUGAGAGACCUGACGGCUCCCACUUUGAUGUCCGGAUCCCACCCUUCUCCUUGGAAAGCAAUAAAGAUGAGAAGACACCACCCUCAGGCCUUCACUGGUAGGCCAGCUGAGGUCCUUGAAUGCCCAGGUUGGGCCCCUCCAAACAGCUCUUAACCCCUAAUUGCUGCAGAACUCAAUCUCUCCCUGUUAUGGGCCACAAUGGGCCCCCUAAUUUUGGGAUUCUUUUUUGGAGGGGAUUGUAACUUUUCUUGGAAGACCCACAUAAGACUCCUCCAAGGUUGGCCCCCGCCCCAGGCCAUGCCUACACCAUGUUCCAGCAAAAUUGUCAGGGAACUCUGUUCAGUUGUCACAGGUUUCUGGAAUGUGAGGUGUGGUCAGUAAACCAGUGCUCACUUGGCCACAAUGGCCAUUUUGUC